CCCCAUCGCAAUUCUCGGGGUUCCAUUUGGUUCAUCGACUCCUCGUGUCUUUACCAUUCAGACAGAGCCGACCAUGAAGCAGGUCAUCAUCCCACUGUUCAUCUCCCUUCUGGAUGCGGCAUCGGCUGCGAUGCUCCAGAUCACUCUUCCGCAGAGUUUGUCUGUGAGGGAGGGAGAGAACGUGACUAUUCCCUGCUCCUUCUCCCCACCGACGUCCAGCCUGAGCCACAUCAUCCUCCUGUGCUUCACGAUGCCCAGACACUACGCAGAGAACGUGACGAGCAGAGAGAUGAAGAAGAUCUAUUUUCUGGGGUAUGAAAAAGAGGACUUGAGUAUCGUGAAGUCUGUGGGAGACGUGCUGACGGGAGACUGCUCCAUCGGCAUCCCCAACUUCCCAAAGAGCCUCGGCCCCGUGGCUCUGUGCCGCAUCGACUGUCGCCGAUGUAACGCGGAGAACACCGUGGUGCAAGGGGAGGUGCUGCUGAACGUGAUGCCUGCAGCCCCACGGUCACACGGUGGGGACGUGAGUGACGUCACCCUCGCCCCUCUAGAGGAGACCUCGCACAAGGGAGGGGUGGUGGCUGCCUGGGUCCUGGUGCCUCUAGCUGUUAUUGUCAUCAUCAUCAUCGUCUCCGUCUUCGUCAGGAAGAAGAAGAAUCACCGUCGGUCUUCAUGGCCCUGCCUCCACUCACGCAGUGACGGUGGAAAUUCUGACGUGCAUGGGGACGUGAACGGGCAGCCGCUGAUGAACGGACACAAAGAGAGACAACAACAAGUAUUGGAGACCGUGCCCGUUUAAUAAUGGUCAGGCAGCUCGAUGCCCCUUCUGAUUGGUUGGCACGUGGAGCGGGUCGCACACACAAAUUGCCCGUGUGCUCCGGGUUCCAAGUUUUACUUGAAACCUUAGACCGUGCCUUUGCCACCUCUUGCCUUGACAACCGUAACUUUCUACCGGAUAUCUCUCGUGUCUCCAACUCCAUCACCUCUCUAUCCUGGAUUUCUCAGAGUGUCCGUGAACAAAACCACGUGACCCCAAUCCUGAAAUUGCUCCACCAGGCCCCGAGUCUAUCUGGGGUGCACUUGAUAAUGGGCGCCACUGUGGCUAGGAGAUGUUAACUACCUCUCCUGGUAUACAGGAGGUCGUGAGUUCGUGUGAUGGUGAACACGCGAGCGCUGUGUGUGAGACGCAGAGUUAACGCGUGAUGGUAAAUGUGUCGUUAAACCUGCCACCACCCAACACAGUCAGUUAGUAAGGUUGGUGGCGGCUUUAACGACAUAUGUUUACGCGAUCUAAUCCAAAAAACUGUGUUAUGGAUGACAUUGGUCACGAUGGCCAACGUGUUAAACGGAGACUGAGACUCUACCCCGAUCUCGCGAGAUCUCUCUCUCUCACCUGGCUAAACAAAUCGAUUCUUAAUUUAUUCAAAUCGUAAUUACCAAUCGUGAUAAUGGUAGAAUCGCGAGGGGGGAUGGGUGGGGCCUGAUUGGCUGACACCCGUGCGUCGCUCUCAUUGGCUGAGCGACUUUGUGGGCGGCAACGUUUCCUCGGCCAAUGCUGCUGCUGCGUUCUCAUUCUGUUAAGCGCUUUGUAGAUUUUUAGAUUAAUUUUUAUCCCCAGUAAACAUUUUCUCUCCAGGCAUCC